AUCUACGUGGGUAAACGACUGAGUUUUACCGCGCAAGUUUCGGUUUUAUUUUCAGAGAAAUAGGCUCGUUUGCGUUCACGUGUCCGGUUGCUCUCCAGCACGAGCUUAAAUCCCGUUUGAUAUCAAACAACACCCCCUUUAACGAUGUCCGUGGUGCUCCACGGAAGCCUCGGCUGGGUUUUGGAUUCAUGCUCGCUUAUCGAGCGGGGAUAUUCGCCGUGCAUACGAUGGAGAGAGAAUCAGAAGUCAGCUGUCAAGUGUAGUUUCAAAAGGCAGUGCUUCCAGGUUUUCAAGAGCUACUAUAACGAGAAUAACAGAGCAGAUGUGGAUGCAGGGAACACGGAGGUGCUGCAGAAAACAUGCAAACCCUCAAAGAAAAGGAAACGAAAACACCAUGAACUCAACCAAGGGGAAAUUGAUUCACUGGUCUUUCACGAGAAGAUAAAGUCUGUUAUUCUGGAGGGAACCAAGUACUUGGUGGAUUCUGCACAACCGCUCGGCUAUCUGAAUGGACAGACAAACGUGGACAAAGAGCCUCUUCCUUCACAGGAGUGCAACCUCGCUGCUCUUUGUGAAAUGGCUAAAGAUCUCCCUCUGGUGGAGGAUGAGGAGCAGGAACGGGGCGCUCAGUUACUUGUUGGCGAGAAUGGCUGUACGUCUCACGUCGACUUGUUCUCUCAGGUGACAGAGAACAAGACGGACUGGGCUACAGUGGUUACCCUGAUGGGAGAGGAAUAUGUAAUACCCCCACACACGGCUUUCCUGCUGUCUGAUUUCACGAGGAUACAGCCAUUAGUCCACUACGGAACAAGGUUCGACCUAAUCGUUAUGGAUCCACCAUGGGAAAACAAGUCUGUGAAAAGAAGUCACAGAUACGGCUCGUUGCCCUCAUCCCAGCUAAAGCGGCUCCCUAUUCCCCUGCUGGCAUCUCCAAACUGUUUAGUGGUGACCUGGGUGACAAACCGGCCAAGCCACCUGCGUUUUGUCCGUGAUGAGCUGUAUCCACAUUGGGGCGUAGAAGUUGUGGCCGAAUGGUUCUGGGUCAAGGUCACCACAUUUGGGCAAUUUGUGUUUCCGCUAGACUCACCACACAAGAAACCGUAUGAAGUCUUGGUCCUGGGCCGAUAUCGUUGCUCUGCUGAUAUCUCAGAGAGCCCCUCAGAGACAUCAGAGGUGCCUGUGGAGGAUCAGCGUUUGAUUGUCAGUGUCCCAUCAGCUCUGCACUCUCAGAAGCCUUCGCUGUCAGAGGUGCUGAAGCCAUACAUUGGAGCUGAAGACAAGUGCUUGGAGCUGUUUGCACGAAGUCUUCAACCAGGAUGGACCAGCUGGGGCAACGAAGUGCUCAAAUUUCAGAAUGUUAGCUAUUUCAAUUUGACACCUGUAGAUGAAAAAGCAGAAGUUGAGGAUGACCGCACAGCCAAAGAAAAACAAGCACAAGGGUUCGAUUCACCUGGGAAAACCUGACCUCCUGACCGGUGUCUCUCCACUGUGAGCCUGUGACUGACCUCUGACACCUGUUAGAUCAAUAAUUCAGUUUGUAUUUAAUGGUGAUUCAGCGCCAAAAUGUUUCUCUACCAGUUUCUUUUGAUCUGUGCUCUUCAUGCAUGUGGGACCUUUGAUUUCUUUUUUUGGUGUGGGUGAAUUUUUAAGGUAGCGAAACACAAGUCUGAUGAGGCGGCUGGAGAGAUGAAAGUGCAUUUCAGUGCAGCUGUUUUGAACCCAGCUUCCCAUGAACUCGUCCCAUGUCACACUUCUAACCAGCUAACCUGUCUUUUCCUGUUGACUCUCUAAUGAGUCUGUUGGUGUCUGCAUUUGGAUGAACGCCGCUGCCUUUGAGACAGAUCGGGAUGAGUUAUGGCCACUGCAGCGACGUACACAUCACAGCCUAUGAAGCCAGACCCUGUCUUCUGCAGGAUUACUUAUACAUCACCUUGUUAAGUUCUCUGCCUUUGUGUCUUUAACACACACAAGCACAUUAGUGUAUUCCUUACACUGUAUGUCACAGUGGCAUCAUCCAUUCAUUUGUGAAGUCCUGUUUUGCAGCCUGGAUCUUAACAUUUUAAUAGAUUGAAGUGAGCAUAUUUGGAUAUUUGCAUAUUUGAAUAAGAGGGUGAAGUCCUGAUUUUGAAGACGGGAUGAAUCGAUGGUGCAGGUACAUGUUGCCAAGUAUGGAAGCAAUUAACUAUAGAGACCAAGUCAGUUUUUAUAUUACGUUGUUAAAGUGCCUAUUUACCUGGUAAAGUUGGACAUUUAAGGUUUUGCACAACAUAGGGUUAUAUGGGAACUGACUUUUGGUGCAUGAACAGAUAGAAAACAAACAAUUUUGACUAAAUAACUUUUUAGUCAAAAAAUAUUAGCCAAUUACCUUAAAUAUUUUGCACAUUUUGGUCAUUCUAAGCAUGACAAAGGAAGAUUAUCCAGGAUCUGCUCAUUAAAUAACAAGUUGUUAACCAAUGGCCAUGCAGUUUCACAGUCAGAUUAACUGCUCACUUGUCAUACCUGGUUUCAAAUCCCUAAAAUGGCAACAUGAAAAUCCCACAGAUCAAAGCUCAAUAAGUAGAUUUUACACAAAUCAAAGCGUGGCUGCAGCCAUCUUUUAAACUCUGUGUGUUUAAGAGCCAGUCUCUUUGGCCUACCCCGGAAAUAUUGGCUGACACAAUUGCCACGUGGAUUACAACAAAUUGCAGACCUAUUAAUAUUGUUGAGAACACACGCUUUACAUAGCUUUGGUUGCUCGUUUCAAGGACUUGAAGUGCCUCCCCAAGAGUGACAGAGAGAGAGUGGAUAAAUGUUUACAGAGAUUUUUGUUUAAGAUGUUCAAUAAACAUGUUAAGAGCAUAUAUUUUCCCUUUUUUCUCGAGUCGGUUUGCUCAUGCAAAAUGAAAUGCGAUUAAUAUAGAAUAAAAAUGAAUAAUAUUUAAUUGUGAUUAAUCAAAAUUAAUCCACAGUAAUCCUGUGAUUAAUCUGAUUAAACAUUUUAAUUGUUUGACAGCACUAAUAUAUAUUAUAUAGAGAACCUGUGUUAAAAGAUUGAAGAAAACAAUUCAAAUUCUCUUUGAAUUUAAGCAUACAUUCUUUGAGUUUAUUCUGCCUUUACUUUAUUAUAAUACAUAAAUGUCAGUUACAAGCUUAAAUAUAAAGUUGAAAAAAUGUAAUUACAAUCAGGAUAUUGAUCAAGUAAUUGCGAUUAACAGCACUAAUAUUAACAUAACUCAUAACUCCUGCCACUGUUGAAAGAUGUAAAUUUCCUGUUACUACCUUUGUGUGUCUUAAACUAAGCAUUUCCAGCACUGUUUAAAACUUGAAUUGAACAUGCUGACGUCUUGAUGCAUGCUCAAUCGUCCAGGUAAGUAAAUCUCCAAAAGUUGAUUCUGUUCAUCUGGACGUAGC